UCUGCUGUCGAAGAAGACUGCUAUCGGAUGGUAGAUGUUAUCGCUGGUAGCAUGUAGGAAAGGAGUGCCGGGGAAAACGGGGUUAGGCGAAAAACUAUUACAGCGCAAUAGAGAUAAACAAUGGGCAAACUCGAUACGACUGAAGUGAUUCGGCUGACUGAGACCGAUUGCCAGCAGAAAUAGCAGCCAGGGAUCUGGAUAAAGUCUCCGACUGACUAUCGGAAGCUCCGGUAGCUGUACUUUCCAUAGUGUUUCUCCAGUUUGAACGUCUACGGCUUGCCACUGAUUCAGAGCGUGCGUGAGUUUGUGUUAUGUUGCAAACUCGGAUCCCCUACUGGUUGAAGUCAGAUCGCCCAAGGCAGGGCAGGCCUUGACAGCUCAUUUGUUAUCCCGUUCUAUAGUAACCCUGGCUUGAUUGACAGAUUUAGUGGUACUAGCUAUAGGCUGCGACAGGCCAGUUGUUAAACUAAGGUUGUGAUGACGGCCGAGCCCAACGUGUUUGGAUCUAUGGAGCUUUACAGUGUUUGACAGUUUGUUUCUUCUUUGACAGGGCACUGGAUUUGUUUAUACCAAUCUGGCGGUGGAAGUGUAAAAACUUACGCAAUAUCUGGACUUAGAUUCGAGAGUGGAGACGCUCUCUCCCUUCGCGCCGAUGGCUCAGAGGUUUGACAAUGAACUCCCACAUUACGGGAGUAUGGACGCCUCGGCUAUGUACUCGGACCCCCGGUCUUUGCCCAGUCACCCUCUAACCCACUCCUCCACGAGUCUCAACCACGGCCCGUCCCCCAUCCACCAGUACCCACCCUACACGUCCAGCAGCACUAUGCCGGGGGUAAUGUCAUCCACACAAGACAAUCAACUAAAACGGGAUAAAGAUUCGAUAUAUUCACACGCACUUUUCCCGCUUCUCGCAUUAAUUUUUGAAAAAUGCGAAUUAGCCACAUGUACCCCCCGAGAGCCAGGAGUAGCGGGUGGGGACGUGUGUUCAUCAGAAUCGUUCAACGAAGAUAUAGCCGUCUUCAGCAAACAAGUUCUCGCCCGGUCGGACAAACCCUUUUUCUCAGCAAACCACGAAUUGGACAGUUUGAUGAUUCAGUCAAUCCAGGUUUUACGUUUUCAUCUGUUGGAAUUAGAAAAGGUGCACGAACUCUGUGACAAUUUUUGCCAUCGGUACAUUAGCUGUUUAAAAGGCAAAAUGCCCAUAGACUUGGUGAUCGAUGACCGCGAAGGUGGGAGUAACAGCACACCUUGCAAAAGUUCAUCAUCUUCAACGACAGUGAAUUCUUCAAAUUCUGAUAACCCCAUUGAACAUAAUUCCGAGACAAAUAACCAGGAACAGAGGCCGCCAUCACAAAGUUUGAAUUACAGCCAGGCCGAUGAUACACAGUCCUCCCGGUCUGGGGAUACACCAGUGCCAUCUAGUCAGCCAAAUACUAAUUCCUCACACAAUGCAGAAAACAACAGCGAGUCAGGUGAUGGCCUUGACAAUAGUGUAGGGUCGGCAGAAGGCACAGAUUGCGAGGACGAUGGAACAGGAGACAGUCGGUCAGCAAAACGCCAAAAGAAACGUGGAAUUUUCCCCAAAGUUGCAACUAACAUCAUGAGGGCAUGGCUAUUUCAGCAUCUUUCACAUCCCUACCCUUCAGAAGAACAGAAGAAGCAGCUAGCUCAAGACACUGGUCUGACGAUACUACAAGUAAACAAUUGGUUUAUCAAUGCAAGACGAAGAAUUGUUCAACCAAUGAUUGACCAAUCAAAUAGAGCAGGCAAGUCAUCUCAGCUGGUAACUGUGUUCAAAAAUCGGAGGCGUAAGUCGUCAUCAGCAGAAUCUCUCGGCCUCUCCCCAGGUCCAGGAGCACAUGCAGCAUACAAUCCAGAGGCAGGGAUGGGUUACCUUGACAACCAACACAUGCAGAUGGGAAGGUUGCAGGGUAUGCACGGAGCCGACAUGUAUGAUCCCAUGAAAGCAGGGUACUCCCACCUGGAAGGAUCACAGCGCUAUGAUAUGUUGGGGGUGCAGGGCAUGCACCGGACUGAUAUGUAUCCACCCCCUGUCAGUGGGUCCUAUGCACAAAUGUCCCAGUUCAGCCCCCCUGUGCACUCGCAAGCAAUGCUGAUUCCCGGACAUCCACAUCACAUGAUGAUGGGGCACGGUGCCACAGGAAUGGCUCACCAUGGGAUGUCCGCUACCCAAAGUCCUCCCCUUCACGCCAGCAUGGACGGAAUGGGACAGCAUAUACAAGACAUUCACGCUGGAUAAACGCUCAAACGGGUUCUGUCAAAAGUGUGACGAUUCUUGUUGAUCCUCGUUAUAUGUUCCGAAAAAUCGGGACAAAAUCGCGAGGGAAUAUUUGGCUGUGGCCGAGCGUCGCCAAACCGGCAGCUGUGCACGUGCUGUGCUUGAUUAUGUAACUCUGUAGUUAUAAACUACGGUGCAGCCACAUGCAUAUGUCGUGACGCGACCAGUUCAACGGGUGGAUGGAUGAACGGAAGACCAGACUUCUGGGAAUGUGGUGGUGGUGAUUCACAGCAGACGCUGCAAGGGAAUAAGAUUCCCACAAUGCUCUAGUUGACAUUUGCAGUGCGGAGUUUUGACUUGGAGAGUUCCCAGAAGCUGUGCUACAGUGUGUAAAUUCUAACAGGACCUAGUCACUGAGGACAUUCAUCAUAAUGUCUUUUUGCCAUUGUUAAUUUCCUGCCCAUGCCAACAUGGUGACAUCACCAAUAUAAGACAUGGCACCACUGGAAAAAAAAAUAUUUUCAAUCUAAAAAAAUCAUUCUUAGCUCCUGAUUUUGAGUUAAAAACUUUAUUUUCCCUCAAGACAAAUGAUAUGUCGUUGGUUUAGUUUCCCCUGCCCAGGAUAUGAUAUCAGUGUUAUCACUCCCCUCCCCCAACCCCUCCCAAGUCAAAUCAAAUAGCAAGGAAUGUAUGUACAACAUUUAUAGACUCUGAUACUGGUGACAUGUUUGUCCUGCAACAGCUUUACAAAGACUCGAAAUACCUCAUUUCAAUGUUUUAAGCUUCAAGAACUGUGUUAAGAUGGAACAUAAAAAUGUACUUGCAUUCCAAAUUAACUUAUUGAAAUUAACUGGAGCUGCAGAGCUGUGAGCAAAGAAGCACAGACGCUUUAUAUCGCUCCAGAUCUGGUGGAGGCUGCACACCGCCUCAAAUAUAGCCCAUGUCAGGCAGGGCCUAUGACCAAAGUAUUUUUUAGUCUCUCAAUCUGUCCUGAUAUAGACAGGUCUAUAGUAUUAGCCAGUUGUUAUGUUAACGAAGAACCCAGUCACUGAACCAAACUGUUCAUCUGGGUCGCUAUGACCUGUGCUAAUUGGGUCACCCUGACCUCACUGUCCUUUUCAAAUUUGUACGUGUAUCAUAGAAAAAUAAGCAAACUUUUGCUGUGUAAAACUUGGUGCAAAAUUGUUGAGUAUUUAGAAUAAAUGCUGUUGAUUUGUGGAAGUUGCUGCAUGGUAGAGAUACAUGGUGAGCAUGUAGAUGUCCACUGUAACAAUCUGUACGUGACCGUAUUAUUCAACCAAGAUUUGAUGCUACAGGAAUAAAACAUCAUUUUCAAACAGUUGCUCAUACCAAAUGUUAGUAUUUUGUUUGCUCGACAUUUUUCUUUAAGUGUGUACCUAUGUAUGUCAUCUUCUCAAAGCAUUUGAAAUCAGUGAGUUAACUUACCAUGACAUAAAUCAGUUGGGCAUGGUGCUAAUGGAGAGACCAGGAUGUACAUUAUGGUUCCUGUCUCUACAUGGCACCAAAAUUGGCGAUGUUUGUUUCACUGUUGCUGCAUGGGGUGACCAAUCUGUGAUGAAAGAUGCAUGGUGAUAUAUAUCACUUGAUUUAUGGCAUGGCAAGUACAAAUUGUAUUCUGUAAAACUUUGCAUUUACAAAUCACUCCUUCAAAAAUAUUUUCUUGUAACUUUUGGGUAAACUGAGACAAAUCAUAAAAGAAACAAAUGAUUUUGUCAUAAUGUUUUGUGAUUUGGUCAGUUACAUAGAAACACAUUUUUAUGAAGUUUUAUCAUGGACAAAUUCAAACGUGAUAUUGUCAUCUACAAAAUAACUGUGAAGAAUAACUUAUGAAUACUUGAAAAUAGAUUAUGAGAAUAUAUUCAAUUCUCAGUACCCAGAAGUCUAAUAUAGUAUCAGAAGUCACUGAUCAUUAUAAAUAACAAAACCCAUCUGAAAAUAUAUAUUCCAUUAUUCAUAAGGCAGGUUGCUUGUUUGUUUCUCCAUGCUGUUUUCUGAAAUCUUUCUUAAGAAGGCAUAAGAAUGUUUUAUCUUUCCUAAGAGGUUCAGAAAAUAUAGACAUAGAAGUUCUUUGUCAUAUUUCCUCUCUUGUGUCUUAAUAGUAGCCAUUAAUGAUUCUCACACAAAUAUCCAAACUGCUUGAGCCAAUAUCUGAACGCAUCAUUCAAGUCUCCUAUUGUCUCUUUUUGUUUAAAACCACAUAGACUAAACAUACUUUAACUAUAUGCAGAGUUAAUGUUUCUAAAAUGUAAUUUUCCAUCUUGACAGAGUGAAAAUAACUUUACAAUUUUAGGAAUUAUUCCUCUAUUAAUCUCUAUUGGAGAGCCAAAAUAUCAUAUACACAUUUUGUUUGGAAACUAAUACUGAAGACUUUAAGUGCACAGUUGUGUUAGGCAACAGUUGGAGAUAGUUAAACAUUAUUGUCAAAAUGGCGGUUACAAAUAUCAAGGGAGACAACUCUUCUAGACAAUUCAUCAUGGGAGAUAACCUCUGUAAUGCUAGCUGCUGCUCUUAUGUUUGAUGUCAAGCACAGAAAGACAAUCAGAGAGGGAAGAUCAGGGUUUAACCAGAUUUAUAACAUAAAUAGCCGAUAAUAUUUUUAUUACAAUGUACAGUUUUGUAGAUAAUGAACAUACAGGUUCCUUCAUGUUGUGGAAGAUUCCCAGGUCAUUUGUUGUAUAAAUCUAACUCUGUUUAUAGUGUUCAUACCUGUCUGUAUUUCGUGUAUUAAUGUCACUCUGCUUCAAGUCAACAUUUUGGUGUAGCUCAAGCCCAUCUUUGAUGUUAUUGUGAGAAAAAAGGGAAGUAACUGGGUUAGAUAUCAUUGAACCUCGCUAGACUCUGUGUGACAUAUCAAUUUGAUAUUUACGUGUAAUGUGCAAGAGGUGCAAGUAUUUAUAUUUCUGUUGAAGUGAUGGUAUGUAUAUAUGUGGAUUUUGUCUAAUCACAUUAUGACGACAUGCUUCCUGUGUAUUAAAUGAGUUCAACUUCAUCAUAAUCGCCAAAGAACUUUCUUUUCCUCAUUUUCCAUAUCUAGAGUAUGAUAUUAGAUUAUUUCUGUUCAAGAUAUGCAAAUUUUUAUUUCACUGAAAAUCGAUAACUGUUUUCUAUUUCUGUGAUAAUCAUUCAUCAAUAAAAAUCAAAUUUUUUGCCAAAUUUUUAUUUUCCAUUGCCAAGCUUUAACUUUGCUGACUGUUGUUCAAUACACUGAUUACACCAAAGAUUACUAUUUAUUUCCUUCAAAUUGAAUGCCACACAAAGUUUAAAAACCAUGAUCUGUAAUUCAUACACGGCAGGUUUAAAUAUUCAUAAUCCCUCCCUUGUAUUCCAAAUGGACUCGUCCAAAGAAAAUAGAAUUUAAGGUCCAUUAUGGGAAUAUAUGGGAGAGGGAACCUCAUUCAGCUGUACUCCACUUUCUUUAGCUUUCAAAUAAUUACAGACCAGAUUUUUGGUUUUGCCAUGAACUCUUGCAGAAAUAAAAAUAUCUUUAUUAUGGAAAUAAAA